AUGGAGCUCUGGGCAUUCCGCUCGCCAAAGCUGUCAAUUGGGGAGAAAGACCAGCCGGACGGCGCGCUCGGGCUGUUGCUGCUGCACCACCGUGGAGGCGAGGCAGGGCAAGCCCGUGUUGGUGGCGCGGCAGCAACGGAGGAGGUGCAGGUCGUUGCCGCGCCCCAAGAGGUCGUCGUCGUCGAGCAGCCACAACCACAACAGAACAGUCAUGGCGGCAUGGCGACACAGGGCGAGGACAUGGUUGCCGCGGGAGAUUGCGCGGGGGACGCGGCGACCGUCGUGGGUGAUGCGGCCGGCAAUAAGCUUGGCGACGCGGCGCCGCGGUCCACGCGGGAUAUGCCCCUUGGUCCGCUAGAGAGGUUGACUGCAGUAUGGCUGAGGUUCCAUAGUUCCGAUGCUGAUCACAGUCACACGGAUGUUAACGACAACGGUGAGGCAGAUGCUAACGACAAUUGCACGUGCAAGCAAGGGCCUAACUAA